AUGUGGCACCUCAGCCUCAAAAAAGAUCUUACUUCAGCAAAGCUGUUUUACUUCCUUUUUCAUUUGAUAGCUCGCCUCAACUCCACUGCAAUCUCUCUCUCUCUCUCUUUCCCGUGUCCCGUGGAGGUUGAUGACUUUGGGAUCCCGCACAAAGCGAUCGAUGCCUUUGCGAGCCUGGGCAGCGCUGGCUCGCAUCCAGGGAAUGAGGAGAGGGACCUUCAUCGUUGGAUGAGAAACUUGUGGGGACUCACCUUAGAGCCAUAUACGAUCUACUGCGACCUGGUUCGAGGGCAGGGUGAGACUCAUCGAACUGCGGUCCCUGUCUUGUUACCUCACGAAGUACUGCACGCUCUGUCCAAGACGAACCCUUACGCCUUUUCAUCGAUCAUGCUGGGAAACCUAGAUGACCAAAGCCGUGUUGACUUCUGGAAACACGUUCGAACUUGCGAGCCGUGGAGAGAGCACCCUUGCUUGCAAGAUGACUCAGCCUUGAGUCGACUGGUCGGCUUUACCUAUCAUGGGGAUGGUGCCCAGUUCUAUAGGGAGGACGAGUAUUUUGUAUGGAGUUUUGCAAGCGUAUUUGGAGGGCAGGGUUCAAUCAAAGACGUGCUACUGUACCGAUUCCCUUUGUGCAUUAUACCGGAGCGAUUUAUGAAAAGCCACCAUGUCCGCGACGCGGUCCACCAAACCAUCGCCGAGCUCACCUCGUGGUCGACGACCAUCUCCAGUCGUGGAAUCGGUCCUGACAAGGGUUUUCAUGGCGAAUGCCUUCAGAAAACCCCCAGGGCUGAGUUGAUUGGUAAUGAACUGGCGAAGGGUUGGAAGGGAUGUUUCUUUGCCUUCAAGGCUGAUCUGAAAGCCCGGCAUCAGAUGCAUUUCUUGGGGAGGUACUACCAAUGCAACCAGAUGUGCGACAGAUGUUUGGCUUUGCAGGGGGGCCGUUGCCCUCCCCACCUGGACUAUCGCAACAUCACCGAGUCUGCAGUCUGGCCAUUGACUGGGAUCAGUCAUGACACGUACAUGAGAUUGGACGCGGCCUCACUUUCCCCAUGGAAGGACAUGCCCGGGUUUCAUUUUCAUACCAUCAGCUAUGAUUGGAUGCACAAUUGCUACCUUGGGACCGGUAGAGACUUGUGCGCCAGCGCCAUCAAAGUCUUAAUUGACUACUGCGGAUUCGGUGGUGGGAGCGAUUCGGGGAGCAUGGACGCUGUACUAGCCGAUGUUCACCAACGCAUGCGAGAUGUUUGCGCCCAAUACAAGAUCAGUAUGCCUGCCAAGCCGCAAUUCACUACUGCAAAUCUAGGUGGGGAAGAUGGAUAUUUUGAGUUGGGGUCGCGAUUCAAGGCAUCGCAUGUGAAGUUGAUAAUCUGGUGGCUCUCCAAAGAAUGCCAAAUUGUGGCUGAUGCGAACCCGUCAGAACCAGUCCUCAACGUCCUGGCCACAUCGACCUAUGGCCUGCAGCGGUUCAUUGAGCUGAUGGACCAAUGUGGAAUCGUUUUCACGGCUCGCGAAGCAGCUGAAGCAAAGAAGUGUUUAGAUCUUCAUUUGAAAGCGUACUAUUGGUUAGCUGCUCAUUUCUAUUCCAGAAGGCAGUUGCUUUUCAAGCUGCGUUGCAAGUCGCAUUAUCAUUUCCACAUGGCUGAAGAUGUCAUCAGUAAUCGUUUGAACCCCUCAAUAUUCCACAAUUUUAGUGAAGAGUCAUUUCUCGGUAAGAUUAAGGCUAUAGCAAUCCGCUGUCACGGCCGCACGUGCGUUCGACGAGUGCUGCAGCGCUAUCUACUGUGCCUGUCGGUUUGCUUGAAUGAUUUUGAAAAGACAGAGGCCCGAUGGGCGUAG